CGAAGCAGCUGUUUCCGCUCGCAGCACGGUUGACAGCUUAGAGGCUGCAUUUAUUUGAUUAUUCCACUUGUUAUUGGAGCAGCCUGCUCUUUAAUUCCACUGCAGGACGAGGGACUGCGCUGAACGGCCACCCAUUCAGCCGGCUUGUGCAAUUCCCCGUCUCCCUGCUGCCUAUAGCGAGACGUUAUUACAAUACUCGAGAAGUCUAUCGGCAGCGCGGGGCAAAUACGCAGUGACAUUGAAAGGAUCUCCUCUGUGUGUGUGUAUAUUAUUUUUUAUUUUGUUGCGGAAACAACGGCGCAGUCACAAUUGUUUGGACCGGCGGAGCUGAUCAGCAGGCGGCAUGCUUCACGAGGAGGAUACGACAGCAUCGGAAUUGGGGCAGCCUCGCGGGAAAGAAGCGCUCUCGGGGCCAGAGCACGGAGGGCUUCAGCUCCAAGAGCUGCAGCCGUCGGCGGGACCCCCUCAGCCAAGCCUCGACGACCCUGGACCCGACUCGUGCCCCUAUCCAGACCCCAUAGACAACGACGGGGACCUCGCGUUUGGGAGUAUGUCCUACGACGACCUUCCGCCACCUCCGUCGCCCCUCACGGAACCGUGGCCCAACUUUACCACCAUGCAGUGCUACCCACUGCCGCCCGAGACGGUGGCACGGGAGCCACCGCUGAGCAAAUCCCGCUCGGCGGGCGUGCAAGUGCCUUCCUUCUGCAGCUCCUACGACUCUUACAGCCAGACGAGCGACGGUCUCACCGUGUCCACCGUGCAGUCGCCCGACAGCUACCCGCUGCACGGCUCCUACCCGUGCUCGUCCGCGUCGCAGAUGGACACGCUCCCCUUGCAGCCGACGCGCUCGUACCCCGCGCACGGCCCCGGCUGCUGCACCUCGCCCGACGAGCCCUACUCCAUGUCGGCGGCUGUCAACAUGAGAGUGAAUGGCAAAAACCCAGCCUUCGUGGAUGAUUUGAACACCUCCAAUUGCCACUACCAUGACAAGGACACCCUUCUGUGCCCGGGCUCCCUCAGCAUGUCUUCCAUUGACACCCUCAGCCAGAGGGACAAGUUUCGGAACAGCCGUCUGGGUGUGCCAGGCUCGGGGCUGUUCUUCCGGGACGGCAAGCGGCGCGUGGAUUACCUGCUGGUGCAUCGAAUGUGCAGCCCACACCCCGAACGCCGCCACUUCUUUGAGAAGAAUCUGCGCGGAGAAGGGCUGCAAGUGGAGAGAGAGCCUUCAGUGACGAACAGCGAGACCGUGUUUGUGAAGAUUCACGCUCCGUGGGAGGUCUUGUGCAAGCACGCCGAAGAGAUGUGCAUCCGCAUGCCGUUCAGGCGAAAAUCGGAUGGCCAAAAGAAAAAGGUCAAGUUUAUACACAGAGUGAACAGGAACCUGCAGAAGCUUCGCAGGUGGUUGCCCAGGAACCCUAUGCAGCUGGAUAAGGAUUUGCUGCCAGACCUGGAGGAAAACGACAACUACACGGCCCCGUUCAGCCGGCAGCGAAUCCACCACUUCAUCAUCCACGACAAGAGCACGUUUUUCAGCAACGCGCAGCGAAGCCGCAUCGUUCACCACGUGCUGCAGAGAACCAAGUAUGAAGAGGGCAAAUGUAAAAUAGGGCUGAACCGAAUGCUUAACAAUGGAACCUACGAGGCUGCCUUCCCCCUCCAUGAGGGGAGUUACAAGAGCAACAAUCCCAUCGUGACGCACGGUGCAGACAACCACAGACACCUCCUGUACGAGCGGUGGGCAUGCUGGAGCAUGUGGUACAAGUACCAGCCACUGGACCUCAUCAGGCGCUACUUUGGAGAGAAAAUUGGGCUGUACUUUGCCUGGAUUGGCUGGUACACGGGGAUGCUGAUCCCAGCGGCUGCCGUGGGCCUUGCCGUGUUCCUGUACGGCUGUUACACCAUCAACACCAGCCAGGUCAGCAAGGAAGUCUGCAGCGCCAACAUAGAAAUGUGUCCGAUGUGCGAGAAGUGUGACUUCUGGAAGCUGUCCGACAGCUGCCUCUAUGCCAAGGUAACAAAUCUCUUUGACAAUGCAGCAACAGUGUUCUUUGCCAUUUUCAUGGCAAUCUGGGCCACCGUAUUCCUCGAAUUCUGGAAGAGGCGGAAAUCGGAGCUUGCGUACGAGUGGGAUCUCCUGGAUUGGGAGGAAGAGGAGGAGGAGAUCCGGCCACAGUUCGAGGCUAAGUACUCACAGAAGGAGCGUCUCAACGCCAUCUCGGGGAAGCCGGAGCCAUACCAGUCCUUUCACGACAAGUGCAGCAGACUGGUGGUUUCUGCCUCUGGCAUCUUCCUCAUGAUCUGCCUGGUGAUUGUGGCUGUGUUCGGCGUGGUCGUGUAUCGGGUCGUCAUGCUGAGCGUCUUCACGACAUCCGAGUUGGUGUUUGUGCGCAGCUACUCGCAGUUCUUCACUGCCGGGACGGGCGUCUGCAUCAAUUUCGUGAUCAUCAUGCUCCUCAACAUGAUUUAUGAAAAAGUCGCUGUGUUCCUCACGAACCUCGAGCAAUGUCGCACGGAGGCAGAGUGGGAAAACAGCUUCACGCUCAAGAUGUUCCUCUUUCAGUUCGUCAACCUCAACAGCUCCAUCUUCUACGUCGCAUUCUUCCUCGGGAGAUUUACCGGUCACCCUGGGAAAUAUGAAAAACUCUUUCAUAUUUGGAGGUUGGAAGAAUGCCACCCCAGCGGCUGCCUCAUCGACCUGUGCAUGCAGAUGGGAAUCAUAAUGGUCCUGAAGCAAACGUGGAACAACUUCAUGGAGCUCGGAUUCCCGCUCCUCCAGAACUGGUGGGCGAAGAAGAAGCUGCAGCAUGAGAUGGAGACGACAGAGGAUGACAUGGCGCUGCUGCCUCAGUGGGAGCAGGACUACAGCCUGCAGCAGAUCAACACCUACGGCCUCUUUGACGAAUACCUGGAGAUGAUCUUGCAGUUUGGCUUCACCACCAUCUUCGUGGCGGCUUUCCCCCUGGCGCCGUUGCUCGCUCUGCUCAACAACAUCAUCGAGAUCCGUCUGGACGCGUACAAGUUCGUCACGCAGUGGAGGCGUUCGCUGGCUUGCCGCGCCAAGGACAUUGGGGUUUGGUACGGCAUAUUGGAGGGCAUCGGAGUCGUCUCCGUCAUCACCAACGCAUUCGUCAUCGCCGUGACGUCCGACUUCAUCCCGCGUCUCGUCUACUUCUACCAAUACGGGCCCUGCGCACGCAUGACGGAGUCGGAGAGAGAUUGCCUGGAGGGCUAUGUUAACAGCAGCCUUUCGGUGUUCAACGUCAGUGAUUUUGAACCCACCGGGAAUCCGUUGUCAUCUCGAUCGGACAAGAAGGACGGGCCACUAAUUUGCAGAUACCGCGACUACAGAGAGGCCCCAAGCACAAACAGGGAGGAGCCAUACAAGUUCACGCUACAGUUCUGGCACGUGCUGGCCGCCCGACUGGCUUUCAUCAUCGUGUUUGAGCACCUGGUGUACUUCAUCAAGCUCAUCAUCGCCUACAUGAUCCCGGACAUCCCCAAGGGGCUGAAGGAGCGCAUGCACCGCGAGAAGUUCCUCGUGCAGGAGAUGGUGCACGAGGCGGACCUCGACGCCUUGCGCAAGGAGCGCAAGAAGACCGGCCGUUUCUUCCAUGAGUGGCCCUGAGGGCUUGGCUGCCUAUGCCACCGUUGAACUACUUAGAACACCCCUCCUCCCUACACCAACCCCUCCCCCCCCCCCCCCAUGUGUCCAUUCGCACCUGAACAUAUAAGAGCGUCUUUUUGUGACCUGGUUCAUUAAAAAGAAGCACUUUUGUCUUCCGAAUUUAUUUAUUUCCCAUCGUUAUCCCAACUGCCACUGAGACAAAGUAUCCGUUCGGAUAUCUCGCAGUGCAACUCUUCGUGUUAGAAAAUCGCCCAUGGACGUGGAUUUCACAGAGCUACCUCUGAGAUCCCUUUGAGUGACUUCUGGUUCACGCAGUAGUGGGAAACAUCUUUACACCCACUCUGCAUAUGAGAGUUAAUGUCCGUCACGUGAAUCAAACUGAUAUAAAACCUCUAUUAUGGAUGAUAUAUCAUUCUUAGAGCUGGAAUUUAAGCCAAACUAAACGCAGAACCAAAUUCAAGUAAUCGGUUGGGGUUUUUUUUUUGUGUGUGCAGUCAUCGGCGAGGGGGCCUGAGACCGUUGAUCACGGGCUGCUGCACGAAUUCAAACGCAGGGGUCUGAUCGGUGACAAUUGGGCGCUCUGACCUCGGAGCCACCCGACUCCAAAACAAGGCGGCAACCGUGGCGUGGUUUGUUUUUGCCGGAGAUGCUCCCACGUGGAAAAAAUGGCGUGUGAGGGUUAUGACUGAACAAAAAUACAGCAGACAAAAAGAAGAGCAAAGCUUGAAGUAGUGAGAAUGGAUGAUCAUGUCGACUGGACGUCUGUGAGAAAAGAGCUUUAUAGCUCAUCGGAUUCCUCCAGUCUAAAUAAUAAGAUUUGAUUUGAAACUGCCCUGGAAAUCAAAACAUCACUGAUGCGCCAGCGGUAAUGUCAACGCACUAAUAACAUUCAUGUAAAUGUUCUACAGCGCUUUCCACAAAUCUUCUUAAGAUUGUUAAAGAUUGUCAUCCUCUACACGGCACUUGGGGUGGUAAAACUCAGGGUGGAACUAUUCACCCCACUGGCGAAUUCAAUUGAUUGUCCGCGAUUCAGGCUCGCAAAUUCAUGAAUUGUUUUUUUUAUCAUCGUGUUGAAUAGUAGCAUCUCUAGUUGCUGCAGGGGUGCCAUGAACACGUGACAUGUAACAUACAAAUCAGAAUACGUUGAUUGUUACGUGUGUGAUUCGAUUAAUAUAUUGUAAACUAAAGAAUGAAUAUUGAUCGAUGCACCACCCCAACACAAGUAAUAUCAAUGUCUGGCAUAUAUACUAUGUAUAGCAGGGGGAGAGGAAUGAUAUUUAUUGGAAUUUGUUGGGACGUAUUUAAUAUGACUCAAGAUGAAAAGUACUUUGUUACUUGCUGUCUCUUCUUCACAUAUCGUCUUCAUACAUUAAAAUAUAAUCCAAUGCAUGAAAUCUCAUCCUGUUCCAAAUGGCUAUGUUUCAAAGCCUGUUUCUUUACCAUUAUAUCUCAUUCUCACAAAAUACAACUCUUUCCAACGUAGCGUUUCACUUCAAAUCAAUAUAUUCUAUUGCUGGAAUCCUAUUCAAUUUCACAGCAUUCUAUUCAACUAGAUUCAGAUUCAUUUCAGCCUAUGUUAUGCCCUUUAAUUCCAACUGAAGUGUGGUCAUUCAUACAAAUUAUUAGUCGUUCCAUGUAGAAUUUCUGUACCGUAUCUCAGGAUUAUAAGGUGCACUUAUUUCCCUUCUGUAUUUUACAGAAAACGGAGUGGUGCGUCUUAUAUUCUGGUAGGUGUGCAUUAGUAACCAAAUACGUAUAACUUUAUUGACUUUGGGUAUAAGUUUGGAGGGAGGUGCGGCUUUCUUAGAAUCUUAGGAAUACGGUCAAAUAUAUACCCAUCAGUCCCGUUUCUGUCCCAUUUGCUUUCAAUACAUUUUUCACAAUUGAGAAAUAUCCAACUCACACUGUUUCAACGUACUCAUGCUCGAUCCACGCGUUGCCCAUUAAUGUUUCCUGCAGGUGCAGAAUUAAGCACAAGGUUUGCUCUCGCAUUCGCCUAGCAUCGAGCAGAGAGGGCAGUCAACCGCUCCGUUGCCAAAGCAGGCCACUCGGCGCGACUGUUUGUCAAAGCCUCAGUAUAUGGACUACUCGUCUCUGUGGAAAUGCGCAGUGCUCGCAGCCUGCGUUAACGUUGUACACGCGAAGGCCCCAAAACUUAAGACUGUAUCUGGCGAAUGCGCAGUGCGUACAGGUGUACUUUGCGCUCGCUUACGUGGACCUGCGCAAAGAGUAAGGUGCAAAUAGUGGCAAGUUCUUCCCAGGUGAGUGUUUUGUUACGUUUGCACUUUUAAGGAUAAUAAUAGCACAGCUCUGAUGUGUAAUUGGACGGCUCUGGACCUGUUGCUGUUGUCAGUGUGGUCAUCGUUUGCUCGUGGUGGUGGGGGUGUUUAUACCAAAUGACUCUAUAAACUGAGGCUUUUAAUCUCGCUCUUUUUAAAUAAAUGUACUCCUUGGACAUUAUUUCAGCCAAUAUGUUUGUCUCGCAGUCUUCCCCAUUCGUAUGCGAGCAAUGGCACAAUUACAGAGCAGUCCUGUAUGUGUUAGCAAUCGUUUGCCAUUCAUGUUGUACAAAUAUCAAUGAUGAUCCUUUAAUAGUCAUACCGCGGCUCGCAGGCAGUACAUCUCGAGGCACCUUGGGGCAGAGGGGACCCCCCGUGUGUCACGAACUCAACGCAGCACCAACCAGAUAGUGGACAUUAGUCUGCCAGUAAGGGCGGGGGGAGGUUGGCGAAUGUAGCUUAAUUCCCAAUCGGGUAAUUGCUGGGUAUGUUAAUCGUUCAAUCCAUGCAUCAUCACACCCCUAGUUGUCUGUGACAAGUGGCUCAGAUGACAGCAGGAUAAAGUGAUGAGCCGGGGUUAAUGAAGACCAACUGCAGACGCGUCUCUCCUCUUGUGGUAUUGGGGAUGAGAUGGCUUUGGCCUUGGUGCACGGAACAUUGAGAUGGACAAAGUUUCGGUUGCAAUUAGACCCCUAGGCUUUUGGAUCGAUACGCCUUAACUUGCACGCCGUUACAGAUGUUUAGUGCAUUUCUUUUUAUUCACAUGAUUCAUUUACCGUUGUAUAUUCUGGUGUAGAAAUGCCAGUGAUGAAUAACCCUUCCCCCCCUUUUUAUAGCAAUUUUUUAAAAUAACAGUGUAAUGUUAUGAUUGUUAUAACGAGUGACUUCCUUGGCUGUUGAAUAAAUAGGGCACCUGUUGGUGUGCAAUGAGAGGUAAAUAUGGCAUCAAGACAAGUGUGGCGACGGAAGGCCUAGAAAUGUAAUGGAACUUGGUGAACCUUUCCAUCAUUGUAACGCUGACGAGGUUAAGUUUUGUUGUAAUUUAUUUCCACGCAAAGGCAUCUGCGUUCAGCCAUUCCCUCGCGUGAAAUAUUGCACACAACACACAUUGGAUGCUAUCCACUUACUGUGUUAUCAUCGAUCAAUGUAUGGAGGGGGGGUGUCUUUAAAAAACAUUUCUAGGAAUUUGAAAUCUUUUUAAAAUAUAAAAUGUCACCCGCCAGCCAGCCUCCCUCUCCAUUGCAGUUUUUGAAAAGAAAAGUAAAAAAAAAGUUUUACGCCGUCAUAUUGUGGAACAACUUUUGAUUAUAUUUUAAAGUAUUUAAUGUUUUAUUUUUUAUUUGGAGGCAUAUUAAUAUUCAAGUUGUACACCAAACUGCUAUCAGUUUACACGGCUAAAUAACAGUAUGAAUUCAAUGCAAAACAGUUCUAUGUAUACCAACGUAUGGCAUGUUCUUUGUUGAAAAGUCUUCACGUAAUGUUGAUGGAUAUAAUGCAAACGCUCAGCAUUGUAAUAUCAGAAUAUUUAGACGACAACAUAGGCAUAUGGCCAAAAUAUAGCUACAAAUCAUGUAUACAUGCAUGCAGGUAAGCGCCACUUAAUUCCAUUUCUUAAUCAUACGUAUAUUUGUUUUAAAGCAUGGUACUGUACAGCGGUGUGCACACGGGGAGACCUUGGAGAGAGAAGAAUGGUAGUCAUCUGACUGAUUUACUUCAUAAUUGGCAAUUUCUCUCCAUCGUUAAUGGGCUAUACAAGUGCGACGCUAAACCAGUUGAGCCAAGGUCAUGAUCCAUCCUCCCAUUGUAUCUUGGAGACGCGUGGCUGCGUAGGUUUACGUCACUGAGCUGUAUAUUUAUCCGAUGUGUUUGUGGGUUUGCCCAAGAAGCGUCCGGUCCUGAAUAAGCUCGCGGCUUCGUUGAGCGAAACGUCGAAUGUCGUGCCAAAUAACAGGCUGUCCGCCCCUAAAACCCAUCGGAGAUGCUAUACCUUCAUAAUAGAGGGUUUUUUUGGAGGGGAGGGUUUAGAUGGCGUAAUUAUGAAUUUGUCAUUAAACCCGCCACCACCCGUCGCAGCCAAUUGUCACGUAAACAAAACGUGGCAAUUCGUUACUAGUACAGCACACCGGUGUGUUGUAGAGUCAACCCAUGACGUUAGAAUUACUAAUUGGCUGUGUCGGAUGGUGGCGGGUUUAACGACACAUUCCUAUUUAUGCGAUCUCACCCAAAAAAACACUUAUGGACAAUAUUGGUCGCGAAAGCCUACGUCGAUCUUUGGAGAGGUUCACAAUUGCAUUGUUGUUCUGGAAAUUAUGCCCCUAUUUGUAACCAUGAGCCAAAACAUGAUUGCAAACUCUCAACAGCAGCAUUUGCAACAUAGCAACUGAUUGAAUGCUUAUUUUACAUAAACUGUUUACACAUCAUAAUUAAUGUUUUAGUUAUUAUUUUCAAGAAAUGUGUUUUCCAAUGAUGGCUACAUACUCAUGUGUUAAUAUUACAUGGCAUAUUACAAAACCAGAGUUAACUAAAGUUGCCUUAAUAGACUUCGAAAAUAAUAAAUCGGAAAUUAUGUUACUA